UAACACUUCUGUACAGACACGGGUAGCAGCAAGACUCUGUGUCCAUCAUGUUGUCACUUGAUGCAAAUCUCAUGGUCUAUGCCCAAGCUACAACGUCCCUUGCUCAGCUGGACAUUCUGGUCUGCACCUUCUUCACCUGUGUCUUCCAGAACCACACCAAAAACUACUCUGUGGCCUAUUCUGCAUACCAGAUGGACUCCCGGUAUCUACUGAUCUGGGAUGCCACAGGGACAGCCCCCGGGGCACCGAUGAACGAGUCCUACAAUGCACAGAGCAACGAGACAUACAAGUUUUUCAAUCACUCGUUGAACAUCGCAGCCUUUCCAAAUCCGGCAGUGGCUGACGAUCAUGUUUAUUCCAAUGCAGAGACUGUAAUGUAUGGUUAUGUGCUGCCUGUCCUCAAACUGCUAGGGAUCCUAUCCAUUCUGUCUUAUUUCUUUACCCUUUGCAGAGUUCCCUCCAUGCGUAAUGUCACUAAUUUCUACCUGACUAAUUUGGGCAUUGCAGAUUUGAUGGUCUUGCUUUCAGUUGGCACUCAGCAAGGCGUGGCUGUGACAAAGCAAAAUGCAUCGGAUGAUGUAUCACAUUGGGGAAACUCAGCCCAAGCAGUUGUUACUCUUAUAGUAUACAUGAUAAAUGUGGGUGCUAUUUCAUCUUUAGCCUUUGUAACACUGCUGUCUUACGAAAGAUAUUUUGCCAUUUGUUACCCUUUCAAACACCGUAAUCUCAACCUGAAACGACGGGCAAUACGAGCAGCAGUUUGCAUAUGGUUUGUUUCGUUGUCCAUAAAUUUGAUCAAUUUGUUUGAUCAGUUUCUGACCAUGAAUGUACCACCAAUCAAAUGUCUUGUUUGGCCAAAUGAAGAAAAGUAUAAACAUCUAUCGAGUAAUGUGCAGAUGUACGCAAAUAGUGAUUUUAUUUUGUUGCAGGUUGGUAAUUACAUAUUUUUCUGUGUAUUCAUGUUGAGUUUGAUCCUCACAGUCAUUUUCAAUAUCCUCCUAAUUAAGGGACUGCAUGCACCAAAUCCAACUGGUGAUCAGACCCACGGUCCGUCAAAACAUCUACGAAGAGUGACUCUGAUACUUGGCAUCAACACAGCCGUGGCAUUUUUCUGUUUUCUGGUCCAAGUUGUGACUGUCUUAAUUGUAAUUUUAUCACAAAGCUUGGGAGAAGUAACUAUAUCUAUCGAAGUUCAAAUGAACUUCGUUCUGAUGACUGAUUGCCUUUUAGUCAUCAACUCUUCCAUUAAUUCAGUCAUAUUCAAUGCUGGUAGUGGAAGGUACAGGAAGGCCUUUAAGCAAGCCUUCUGCUGCAGAAAGAGGCAGCAAGUAUCAACGAUCAAUAUCCCUCUGCGGACAUUACCAAGAGCAGGUCCUGCAGAUAGGAUCAGAUCAUAGGAUCCACAGGCAAAAUUCUGCACUCCUCCACAAAAAAGGGAUAAAAUGCAAUCCUUUUUUUCAAAAAGUUGCUAUAACUUCCAUAAACAUUUAACAGUUCUAAAGUCAUUUAUUAUUCUGUCAUUGUUAAGCUUUUCAACAAAUUUAAAACUGGUAUAAGUAGCACUUCAGUUUUGCU